CGCAUCGGCCGCGAUGACGUCACACCCCAGGGCCGGAGGUACAUAUUCACCAACAGCCUAUCCUGGACGCGGUGGUUCCUCUUGAGUUCCCAGCUUCAGCGCUCUCGAAGGAGCUCUCCAGCUUCCCUCCAAAGGGACCGCGAAUCGUAAGGUUUGAACCGCGGUGAUAAGCAGUCUCCGAGUAGCGGCGGCGGUGGCGGCGGCGGCUUUUUUUCUUGGAAGCAAUGAAUACCAGAAGGGACGUCCGUGGCAAUAGAGCAGCUCUCUUUGAUGGCAUUGAAGAAGGUGGCAUUAGGGCAUCAUCUUCUUACUCUUCUCAUGAGAUUGAUGAGCAUGAGAAUGAAAGAGCAAUGGAUGGGUUGCAGGAUAGAGUCAAUCUUCUAAAGAGAUUGUCUGGUGAUAUAAACGAAGAAGUGGAGACACAUAACCGCAUGUUGGAUGGAAUGGGCAAUGAGAUGGAUGCUUCGAGGGGAGUUCUGUCGGGAACGAUGGAUCGUUUUAAAAUGGUGUUUGAGACAAAAUCAAGCCGGAGAAUGUUUUCUCUUGUUGCAUCAUUUGUGGUGAUUUUCCUAGUUGUCUACUAUCUCACUAGGUAAUGGAUCGCAAUAGGUUGAAGGCUGAAAGCUGCUAGAGAUUAAAACUGGGGGGGCGGUUACUGUGAACUCCUUACUGUAAGUAACUACUGUUUCUGGCUUGUAAGUUCGUGUUCCUCUGUUUAAAGAUCUCUGGAUGUGUUUGAACUGUUGUCAAAGGCUUCGAUGUUGUGUGGUAAUAAUAGUAGUAAUAGUACCUGCCUAACUAAUCCACACCGUCUUUUCCUUCACAA